AUGAAGAAUCUCUCAAUAGUGACUGAAUUCAUUCUGCUGGGCAUCCCACACACGAAGGAUCUGGAGACCAUGCUCUUUGUCCUGUUUUUGUGCUUCUACAUCUUCACUCUCAUGGGGAAUCUGCUCAUCCUACUGGCAAUUGUCUCCUCCACUCGGCUUCACACCCCCAUGUACUUCUUCCUGUGUCAACUGUCUGUGUGUGACAUAUUUUUCCCUUCUGUGAGCUCCCCCAAGAUGCUCUUCUACCUCUCAGGGAACAGCCGGGUCAUCUCCUAUGCAGGCUGCGUGUCCCAGCUCUUCUUCUACCACUUCCUGGGCUGCACUGAGUGCUUCCUUUACACGGUGAUGGCCUAUGACCGCUUUGUUGCCAUCUGUUACCCUCUCCGCUACUCAGUAGUCAUGAGCCACAGGGUGUGUGCCAUCCUGGCCAUGGGGACUUCUUUUUUUGGCUGCAUUCAGGCCACCUUUCUAACCACUCUCACUUUCCAGUUGCCCUACUGUGGCCCCAAUGAGGUGGAUUACUUCUUCUGCGAUAUUCCAGUGAUGCUGAAGCUGGCUUGUGCUGACACCUCAGCCCUGGAGAUGGUGGGGUUCAUCAGCGUGGGCCUCAUGCCCCUCAGCUGCUUCUUUCUCAUCCUCACCUCCUACAGUCGCAUUGUCUGCUCCAUCCUGCAGAUCCGCUCUGCAGAGGGCCGGCACCGUGCCUUCUCCACCUGCAGUGCUCACCUCACCGCCAUCCUGCUUUUCUACAUGCCAGUGGUCCUCAUCUACCUCAGACCAACCCCAAGCCCCUGGCUGGAUGCAACUGUUCAGAUCUUGAAUAACCUGGUCACGCCCAUGCUGAACCCUUUGAUCUAUAGCCUCAGGAACAAGGAAGUAAAAUCAUCUCUGUGGAAGGUGCUACAUCACUUGGGCUUCCUUCCUGAACAGUUGUAG